AUGAAUUUAGUAAAAGGCGCCAAAAACAAAUCUCAGAAACAUUCGCAAAACAAAUAUGUGAACAACAAUAACAAAUGUAAGAAAGUUUUUAGUGCACACAGAAUUAAGCAGUUAGCUAAGGACAAAAAAUUGUUGGAUGAUGCUUUGUUAGAUUGUUAUGGAAGGUUCAUAGCCUUACUUCCAGAAUUCCUACUGAAGGAUCAUGUGCACCUGUAUUUUCAAAUUCAAGAGGCAUACUGGUGGUACGAUGACAUGUGGCAGGAAAAAUACCCAGACAAGUUACCAAAAUUAAGUUUAAAAACAUUUGGUUAUUUAAUAUGUGAUGAUUGUCCAAUAUUAAAAAAAUAUGUCCCACCGUCAGCUCAUGAGAAGUUCUCCCUAAAUUGGAGAAGAUAUUGCAGAACUAUACCUCUGAGAGGUGCAAUUCUUUUAAAUCAUAAUUUAAAAAAAUGUCUAUUGGUAAAGGGUUGGAGCACGGAUAGUUGGUCCUUUCCAAAGGGGAAGGUUGACGAAUUGGAAGAAGACUCCGUCUGUGCAUGCAGAGAAGUUUAUGAAGAAAUAGGAAUAGACAUAUUCCCAUACAUCGAUGAGAAGGUUUUUAUCGAAACGCAUAUAGAAGACCAGCCCAUCAAGUUGUUCAUAGUACCAGGGGUAAAGGAAGAAACGAAAUUUCAGCCAAAAACAAGAAAAGAAAUUGGAGCCAUUCGGUGGUUUGAAAUAGAAAAACUUUUGCAACAUAUAAAUUUGAAAAAUAAAAAAAGUAUCCUGUUUGAAAGUAAGAAGGAACGCAUUAACGAAUGGUUCGUUGGCCCCUUUAUUCCUAAUUUAGUCAAAUGGAUCGAAAUAUUAAGAAGAUCUGUGCCAGCAAAAGAUAUGAAAGGAGGAAAGUCCUUCAUAUCAGGCAGCAUUCAAGCGCAUAAAUAUCAAAUAAGUGGUGUUGACGCGGCUGUUAUUAAAAAGCUUCAAACGGUUAAUUUUAACUCGAAGGAGAUAAUAAAUAUCGGUUUGUUUAAAAGCGAUGACGAUUUGGAAGAAUACGAAGAUGAGGACGUAAAUGAUAAUGAGGAUGAUAACUUGCUGCCGGAGGACGUGGAUGAAGAGAUGGUCUCCAAGCAGGUCACCGCAUCGUAUGCUAAUUAUAACAGCGAUAUUAAAGUCCCAGGAGUAAAUAGAAAUAUGGGUAACUUUACCAAUGAGGUAGGUGUUAAGAAUAGCAGCACGUCUAGCAGUGUUAGUGGUAUGAAGAUGGACAAAAGGAGCAUCCAACCAAAUACGAAACAGAGUAGCACAAAUUAUUACAACCAGGAAAUUGCUUCAAUAAGAAGCGAAGGAACUGUUGGUCAAGGUUCACAAUUGUACGAUGACAUGAACGGUAACGAUUCGAGACAUGCUGUGGACCCCAUAGUGGGAGAGGGCGCGUACGUUGAAGAAAGUACAUAUAGUAGGAUGGAGAAAGAACUCAUGGGAAAUAAAAAGGUGUAUGAGCAUGUAGACGACGCCAUCGUGCCGUUGACCAGAAAAGAUAUAUUAUUAAGCAGUUUGGCGCAUUUUCCAGAUCCAGCCAUCAUAGCAGGACGAUUGAAUGGGAAUAAUUAUAGCAACGAUGUGGGAAGUAAUUACAAGAAUAACGCCAUUAGAAGUACGUACAACACGAUCAGUACAAACAGCAGUUGCACCAAUAAGAUGAGUAAUGAGGUGCAAAAAAAAGAUAGUCGCGGAAAUGUCGCACAUAUGGAUGUGUAUGGAGUGGAGAGUUACCCGACUCCCAUAGGCGAAGUUCAUAGCAGUGCAGUAAAAAUCCCCUCCAAACAGAAUAGCCUCAGGGUUAACCAUAGCGAGAAUAAAAAAAGCAGUGUCAGUAUCUAUAGCAGUGGUAGUGGCAAUGGCAGUGGUAGCAGUGAUAACAAGAAUAAUAAUAAUAUUAAUAACAGGAACUGUAAUCAUAACAACCAUAAUAAUAAUAAGGCGUACCAUGGGUCGAGCAGCAGCAAUGGGUACAAGAAAACUCCAAAUGCGCAUGGUAAUAAUUAUGGGAAACAUUACGGCGAAUAUGAUCCUGCAGGAUCGAAGGGGUAUCGCUACAGCUUGAAUAAGAUGCGAAUGGGAGGACAUUUAUCAGCCUUACCAUUGAACGAGGUAGGACUCAGAAGCUUUGAUGAUCAAGACAUGGACAAGAGAAAAAACUUCCACCUGCAAGUGUAUGGCAAUAAGGACAAAUUGAAUUAUGAUAAAAAGGACAUACAAAAUCGAUAUAAAAAAUUAAGUUUAAAGAAUCCUUAUCAUGCUUUAGAUGAUGCUUCUGUGUAUUAUGUACCUACAAAGAAUAAAACGCUAGAUGCGCGUAAUGAUAAAACGUUUGGCGAGAAUCACACCAACGGAUGGAGCGCGGAAGACAUGUUUAAAUUGAAUGAGGAAAAAUUUGGCAUUCAUUCAACAUACAAUAUAGAAGAAUACACCACCCCAUUAGUUUAUAAGGAUGAGAAAAUUAGUAGGUAUAACAAAAGUGGUAGUGUUAAGGAGGGGAUUAGUCCCCACACACCAUAUAGCAGUAAUAAGCAAGGUGCUGGCGACCACAAUAACAUUGGUGGACCCGCGGGAAAGAGCAGCCGUGUUCUUAGGGGAGGCAUAUACGGAAGUAGUAGUAUCAACAAUAAUGACAGGAAUGAGGACAGCACUGUGGUGCAGUCGAAGGGGGAGCUCCAGAAUAACGUGGGGAAGAGAAACCGAAUCCACAACCUUAAUGAGAACGCGUCCAUAAAUGUGAAGGCCUUGUUGGAGAGAAGAAUGAAGAUGAUACCGAACGGUAACCCCCUACUUCUGAAUGAUAGGAAUGCUAAGAAAAGCAUUAGUGGUGUUAGCAGUAAUAUGAGUGACAGUAGUAAGGGAGUGGGUUUAGUGAAGAGGAGCAAUGAAAGCGUGAAUUUUGUUAAUGGUUGUUAUGUUCAUCACGAGCCGGAUGAAGACGACGAUCCAAGGACGGGGAGCCACAUGGACAUGCUUGGCGGUAACCGCGUGCACCUGUUAAACGACGUCAACGGGGUUAGCGGAGGGAAAAGUGUGAAUGCAGCGAAUGACAGAAAUCGCGCAAGCAAAAAUGCGAGUGUCAACUUAGACCAAGCAGACAGCCACAUGGAGGAACGAAGAAGCACUGUAACGGGAGAUAUAAUACGAGAGGAAUUGCUAAGAAAGUAUAAGCUGAAGGAAGCCUAUGACAUCAUGCAGAGAGGAAAUGUGAACCAGAAGGAGGUAAACAAUUUUGUUGAUUCGCAUAAGAGUUCCAUUGGACACAGUCAAAUGAGUGCUGACAAGAAUUACAAAACAGAUGUACAGAAGAAAAUAAUCUCGAACGACAUAAAUUAUAAGAGUAAAAGUGCAUGUUAUGACCCCAGCUAUAUGAUCCCAGGGAAGGAAAAUAACAACUUGGUUAACAAUUCGAACAUGGGGGAAUAUUUGAAUGAGAGCAUUUUGGGGAUAACAAAUGACGGAAUGAGUGGUGAAAGUGUUCAUGAAUACAAAAGUGUACCAAGGCGUAGCUCGUUUGGAGGAAGUUCUAAUGGGAAGAAUAAGUUCCCCCCCGCCGAUUUGAGGUUGAAUAGGGAAGUGCUUGAUAAAAGGGAAUAUUCACAUGUAGAUGGUGAAGGAAUGAGUCUUUAUCAAAUUAGGGAAAUGGGAAUUGCUGCUUCGAAAAGGACUAGCCAAUGUAGCAAUAACAGCAGUAGGCAAUCCAAUGAGCCUGGGAAGUACUUGCUGAAUUUAAUUAAGGGAGCAGGAAAAUCAGAUGUGGAAACCGAUCCCAAUGUAACCAAGAACAAUCGUAAUAAUGCCAACCUGGUUAAUGUCAUGUCAGUAAAUAAUGCGAAACCUUUAAGUGAAAAGGAAAUAUUGUUAAAAUUUUACAGCAAUAAGGCUGGUAAUGAUGCGGUUGCUAAAAAUGCUAACUCGUCGCAUAGGUCCAUGGGGGAUAAGACAAACUCCAUCAAUAAUGGGGAAAGGCAUGAUAAUUAUAGAAGUGCCAUUGGAAGGGAUAAUUUAUGUGUGCAAAAAAACCGAAACAGAAUGAGCGCGGAAUAUCUUAUUUAUGAUGUCGAUGGUAGGGGAGAGGCUCAGGAGGAGGCAAACUUUAACGAGAUGGAGAUGAUGGAAAAGCUGUCCAAGCAUUUGAACAGUUACAACCCCUUCGAGUGA